AUGGCGUUCGGUGGCUCCGUUGGCGUUGUGAUUGCCUUUUCGGAUACAUUGCUGUCGCUUCUUAGUUUGCUCAGUUAUUUUGAGUUGGAUUGGGUGAUUUCAAAUUUGAAUCAUGGUUGGUUUUAUGAUAGGAAUCCAAAUCCCCUAGUACGGGAAGGUUUGCGAAUUCUGUGGUUUGGUUAUGCCCGCGGCUUGUCCAUCUAUGAAUUUAUAGUACUUAAGUCUGUUCCUUGCAGAAUUGGUGGACCAUGGCUAGGGGAAAGGAAAGAUAAAGGGCAACUUGAAUUCUAUUGUAGAGAUUAUAUGAACCGGUGUGGGUUCGAUUGCCUUUGCUAUUGUCGGAAUGCUGGGGAAGAGAAUGCUUUUGGAGCGUGCAUUACAACUGGAUCAUGUUAUGGGAAGAUGUGUUUGGAUCAUGGAGUCAAUGAAGUGUCAGAUGAUGUUCUUUUUUCCUAUGAUUCAAGUGUGAUCCAUUGGAGAGGAAUCUGUCAGUCUACAGUAAAGAUCAUGUGGACUGUUGUUGUGUCUAUCCUUUUCUGUAUGGCAAGGUAUGCUUUUGGAAUUGGAGUAGCUGAUGUAGAUUCAACCUUCAAGCAUCUUGAUUCUUACUAUGAAAACCAGUUGGUGUUCCCCGUCCUAGAAGAGGACAUAAAAGUUUGGCUGGAUUGGCUGUUUGCUUGUGGUGUGGCUGUUCUCUAUUUAGGUGGUUUGCAGCUUGAGGUUCUACAAUUAGGAUUUAUUUCUGCAUUCAUUCUAUCGAAUGUACCAGAAGCAUCAGGUGCUAGAACAGGUAGAUUUGAAGUGUGGGCUGAGAUUAAGGACAGAGCAUGGCUUUGCCAAUGCUAUUUUUACUCGUCUUAG